CUCUUAAGCCCAGGAACAACAAUUCCCGGCUGCACGUUGUUGGCAGGUGUCAACAACCAUUGUCACUUAAUUCGCGUUUCCAGGCUUUGGUUUCGUUCAAACCCAAAACCAAAGUCGCCAUGUCUGUGGUAAUCGAGAACAUCCGUCGUCUGGAUGCACAGAUCGAUAGACUCCAAUUGCGCGACUCCGAAAAAGUACAACAACACAAUGGACAGGAGGACUCCCACGGAGAUUAUAGGACCUCGGACACUAUUUACCUGACCAAAGAUACAGCGGAUCUGACUGCGAUUGUCCGGACACUUUCAGUCACAUCUUCGCAACCAUUACUGCAGCAGCAUCGACUCAUUGACAUACUGUCCCAAGUCCAAGAAUUAGGACCAAACAUCAAUUUCUCAGCUGGAGCUCUCGAUAAUUAUGUGAACGAUCUACUCUGGUUGGUCGCUGCCAAGGCAGCAGUCCAGACCCUAGGCGUAGUAAUGGAUAAUUUCCUUACUCGAACUUUGUCACUGAACGACGGAAUUUGGUACUGGGAUGAGGUACUUGGGUCACAUUGGUAUACCGGUCUCUAUACGAUACAAACAUCACCUUGGAGGUUGUAUUCCCGGGCAACGGAGAUCUACUCGACGUUCAAGAGGCACUAUGGCAACCAAGAGACAAUGGGCACUUUGACAAUUUCUGCUCGUUGGGGAAAGUUCCAUGAUUUGGUCCGCCAAAGCAUUCGAGAGCAAUCUAUCGAACGGGCUAAGUUGAGGAUGCUAUCUCCAUUUGCCGUCUGCAGGUCUGAGGCGAGGCGAAAACGGAGGUUAUUGAAAAUGAUGAGGGAAAUGCAUGCAAGCGCCGUUGGUCUGCUUAUGGAUGAAUGUCUUUCUUUCGGAUUUGAGGAGGAAGCCACAAAUGCCGGUAUCUACAGUCCAUCCAGUGAUGAGUGGCACAACACUGUCUCCAAGAGUGUACUGUUGAUGGAGGCACUUCUACGAAAUGCAACGAACCUCGAUAUUGGCUUGAACGAGUUUGAGGAUGGUGUAUUUUCAACCAUAGAGUGCGAAACUGAUGUCCUGCAAAGUCAUGGAGCCGACAGCAAAAGCCAUACUCGCGCUUUUCUCGUCAUCGAACGCCUAAUCAAUAUUCUGAGAGAGCGUUUACCGGGCCACGAGUUCUCCUCCAACAUGCUAGUCAGAGACUAUGGUCGUCCAUCGCCUCUCGUACGAUACUGGCUUCCGGUCUCUGCAGGACUUUGCUCUCUUAGCACUGUUCUUAAAAUACUGACGAACCAUAAGGCUGAACUGCUAAGUUGGAUCGCUGAAUUCGGUUCAACUGUAGUUGACUUCGGCAAGAACUGGGUUAUUGGACCAAUUGGGAAGCUGAUCGGCACCAUAAGGCAUGAUGAGAAGAGUGAAAUCGCGAUCAUGAGCAAGAACAGUCUAGAGGCGGAUCGUGCAAGUUUAGAGAGAAUGGUGGUCGAUUUUGUACUUGACAACCCAGAACCCGCCGCAGAAGCCUCUCAAUUCCAACUAGACACCGAGUCCAUCACUGCCAAAGUCCGAGAAGGCGACCUGACGCCUGUCCUGAAAGCCUAUGAGCAGGAUUUGCGACAACCCUUCCGCGGAACUGUCCGUGGGAAUCUUGUUCGUGCGCUUCUCAUUCAGAUACAGAAGACAAAGGUCGAUGUGGAAAUCGCAAUUGGAGGCAUUGAUGCCUUACUCAAAAGCCAGGAGCUUGUAUUUGGUUUCGUCGGCCUUACACCUGGGAUUUUAGCAUCAUAUGCAGUCUUCCGUUGGCUCAGCGGAAUCUUCGGAAAUAGAAAGGGCCUAAGAAGAGGAAAGAAGCAAGAUGAAAUGAGACGCGCACUGCGUAACGCUGACCGGGUUUUGACGUCUGCGUCGCCUACUCCAAAUGGAAUCCUCUCAUAUAAGGAUCACGGAUUGCUUAUUUGCGAAGUCCAGGUUCUUAAGAAAACUGCUGAGAAGUUUUUCCCGGGUCCGGUCUAUCGUGAUUUCCAGGAAGAUAUGAGUGAUCUUAUGAAUAUCAACGCUGGCACGGAAAAGCAGCUCAGGAUCAUCGAGAGGAUCCGAUGGGGAUAUUCAAAAUGGCUUGGAUAAAUUCCACUGAAGGAGCUCGUUCCCUUCCAGGCCACCUGCAAGACGAUGGCCUCCGGCGAGGCGAUCUAUAAAAGCGCGCCGUGCUCUGCAAGGCAGAACGCAUGCGAUCACCUGCUUAUAUGUACAGACGUAUAUAGAUUUAGUUAUGUGUAUCUACGUAAAUUACAUAUCUGAUAUCAUGAGCGGCGCAUCGAUUCUCUUUAAAGCAGCUAUUUGACUCGGUAAUAAGCCUGCUGGUUGUGACAAAUGAUAUUCGCAUGUACUGUACUUUCGCGUAACUCAAUUCAACGUCUGGAAUUCGGGCAGGAG